AUGAAAAAUAACAGUUUGAAUGUGUGUCCGGAAGAAUACAAAGGCAGCAAAUUUGGUUACCCAUUUUAUUCUACAGGUUGGGUCCUUACUAACUGUAUCAAUGUCAAACCACUUAGCUCCGUCAUAAGUGUUUUAAUAAACACUAUCGCAUAUCCAAAAGAAGAUGAGAAACACAUUCGUAAUGUAAUAAAGGGUAUCAAUGAUACCUAUCCACUAGUUCAAGUUUACGUAGCAACGCGCAGUGACGAUAUCAUAGAAAUGGCCAAAGAGUACGAAAACAUUGACGUGGUUAAAGUCGAUGAUACAAAUGCAGCAAAAGUGUGGAACAUGCUUAAAGCUAAAGCCUCCACACCUUAUGUGUUGGUCGCACGUGAUGUGGUUCACUUCUCAUGGUUUACUCAAAUAGAAAGACAAAUUCGUGUGGUCAGUCAGAUACCAACUGUAAAAGUUGCCGGGGGAGCAUUUCGGAAUAUUUCUGGUCACUGGAAAGCAGGAUGUGUGCAAACCAAACUACUAAACUACGUUCUAGAAUAUCAAGAAGGCUACUUUCACUCACAAAAUGCAUGCAUGUUUUGUGAUUUUCUGCAAGGACCUUUUCUGACUAAAACAGACUUGUUUAAGCUGGACGAAAGUCUUCCAAACGAAGUAGUGUUUGAAGACUGGUUCUUGCGCAUUAGAAAGGAUGGCCACCAAGUGAUGACAUGCCCUGACGCUAUGUAUUUCACUUUGGAUUACUUUUCGUAUACCAAGAGCACUAAAAAAGAUGUCUGGACGCCUUUGGCAAAAAAGUGGGGGAUUAAUCGCGUACUUUUGCCCCAGGGGAUCAAAUUUUCAUUCUCUUGUGACGAUAUUGGCGUCUCGUGCAAGGCAACUCACGAAUUACUCCCAAUUUGUUGCCUGGAAGAGUACGCACAUCUCUUGACAGUCCUUCAGAAGUUCUGUGAUGAAAGAAAUAUUUCAUUUGAACUCGAUUCUGGUUCUAUUCUUGGUGGUGUUAAGUUCGAUGGUCUUUUACCGUAUGAUGCCGACGGAGAUCUCAUCAUGAUGUCAACACAAAUAGAAAUAUUUAGCAAAGAUGAGACAAAACAAUAUUUUCGGAAUAAAGGUAUCUCCGUCUACGGGUAUAAACCGCCAAUAUUUAACGAGAAAAUGGGAAAAUUAGUUAAUGGUUUCACGUACAUGGGUUUCCGUGGCUUUUACAUCGAAGUUUGGGGGAUGUGGAACACGACAAAUUGGCUGCAUCUUCCACCAGAGCUACGAAACUUUGCAUCGUUCACCAAAGCGAAUAUAAGAGGUAACUGGAUUAACACGGCAUGCAAUCCUGCUUUGUAUGUGAGGGGUCGUUAUGGAAGAGAAAUUUUGAAACAUGCUCAGUCCUGGAUAAAACAAGGACUGGGAAGUGGUUGGGGGGAAUACAAAGCUGGCACCUUCAAGCCGUGUAAUAAACCAAAGCAUCAUUCAUGCUUAGAUAAUUUGCCAGCCGAUGGUAAUAUUCCGUUCUUUGUGGAUUAA